AUGGGAUCGCAGAUCCUGCUCGCUGUGUGCGUUUUAGGAAUCUACGCAACCUUUUUGACGUGGUCGCUUGUAUAUGAGCCGUUGACUACGAAGGUGUGGCCCAACUCUGCAGAAAAAUUCCACGUUCCAUGUGUUGUGUCGUUGGUACAGGCAUCUGUCGCUGCUUUCACAGGCUACGCGUACUUACGGCGUGAAAAAACUGGUUACAGGACCAAGGAGUUCAUGAAGGACAAUUAUAAAGACCUCCUCCUCAUCUCCUUCACGCAAAGCACAUCAAGUCCGUUAGCGACAUACUCGCUGCAAUACGUCGACUUUCUGACAUACAUGCUGGCAAAAAGCUGCAAACUAAUUCCUAUAUUGGCAGUCCACUUGCUUUUAUACCACACCAAAAUCACUAACAACAAAAAGGCUGUAGCGAUUGCUGUCACUUUCGGGGUAACGCUCUUCAAUCUUGGAUCUGCUAAGCGUAGCUCUAGCACGCGAGGCCAAAAUGUUAGCUAUGUCAACGGAUUUGCGCCGCUAGUGCUGAGCCUUCUUUUGGAUGGGUUCACAAAUGCAACACAAGACACGCUGCUCAAGCGCAACAGAACUAGUAACAAGAAACCCAUAACGGGAGGCCACUUGAUGCUCGGCCUCAAUAUGUGCAUAGUCUUCUGGAAUUUUUUUUAUUUGUUGCUGAUAGAUCCAGAGCAAGCACUCAAGGCUAAGAAUAUGAUUACCGAGGACCCUGAGAUCGCUUAUUAUCUCUUGACUUAUGCUGCUUGCGGCGCCCUUGGUCAAAUCUGCAUUUUUUACACUUUGCAAGAGUACGGAUCGCUCGUGCUCGUGAUGGUGACCGUGACGAGAAAAAUGUUUUCCAUGAUUCUGAGUAUCCUGGUGUAUGGCCACCAUGUUACACGGAUGCAAUGGCUGGGCAUUUCCAUAGUAUUCGGCGGGAUCACGGCCGAGGCCUUACUUAAGCGCAGAGGCGCCAGCAAAUUAAAGACUCAAUGA